AGUCUGACACCCUCCCAUCGCCUUCGGUCGGUGGUGGUUUCCCAUGCGCGCAGAGGGUGGAAAGGGUCUCCUCGUUCGCGGGCGUGGGGUUGCGCGCGCACUUUCUACCCCCUCUGUAUGUCCGGCACAUAAUCGAACUGGGAGCGCCGUGGUGGCCGUCGUCAGUUCCGUAAGACGGAGCUAAAUUUCAUUUCUAAAAUGAGAACAUAGUUUAGCCAAAACGAAAGAAGAUAAAUGCGACGUAAAAACGUGAAGUAAGGAAGAGAUUCUUCGUGAGAUCCUCCUCGUCGUGACAAAGAGUUUCGAUUUGCAGCCCGGUCUCGCAAGUGUAAUCACGCUGCUUAUCGCUCGACUGUAGCGAUAUCAUCGAUGCACAAGUGCACGCGGGAUAGAGUGAUGGUGCGACUUUAGGAAAGGAGGGUGGUCUCUUCUUCAAGUUUACACGCGUUUUGCUCGAGCUCCGAGGGUGUCUGAGAAAUUUUAAAACAUCCACCAAGUAAAAUUCGUCACUCCGCGAGUGCAAAGCAGGGUGGAUAUCGUCAACGAGAGUUGAAUAGGAUUUUGGCAGUAAAGGGUUGACGUAACGAGAGGAGAACCGUCAUAAAGUAGAGGAGCUGCGACACCGCCACCGAUCAAAAGCGGCCAAUUUCGUCAGGGCUGAGCUACGUCCUCGACGAAGCAAGGGAUUCCACCGUGUGGAAUCUCUCCUCGAAUCACAAUGGCGCCCAAUUUCGUGUUUGUGGAAUCGUGGCCGGCCACGAUCGACUAAUGCAACAACAGCAGGCGUAUUUGUAAAUAUAUAGCCAUAUAUAUCCCUGUAUCUAUCAUCCAUUCGAUACUCUGCUGAUUUAAAUGAGUAGAGUAUACCAGUUAAUUGACGUUUCUUGAAACGUCUCCGAUAGUCUCGCCAGUAUACGGUGAAAGAGGCAAUAUGAAAAGAAUACGCAAGAAGCAUCCGCCAAAGAUAAAAGAAAAUUAUGUCAAAUUCGUCACGAUGAUAGUGAAUGCAGUGAAUUCAGGUGCGUGAUGCUCUCGCCUGGGGAUAUUUAGCGGUGUCUUUCAUCGCUUCUCGUUCAUGAAUGUUACUUUAUUGAAAAAUAAAAAUCUGAGCUAGUGACAACGAGAGAGAUGUAUACGACACGCAAUUUACAACAGUUGUCGAUUAAUUCGAACGGAAGAGAGGCAACGAUCCGACGAUAUUCGUAAAUAACCUGUGCUCGAGUCUUGAAACUUACGCGAUGUUCUUCGAAAAGGAAUGGACGAAUACCGACGAUAAACUGAUAUUUGACGUGUAUGUUGCAAUGAUUAUCUUUGAAUUGCUGCCCGAAUGAAAUUGAAAAAAUAUACGCCAACUCGAAGACAAUUUAUUCAUUAAAUUAUCUUCGAAAUAUUUUCCGUAUUCCAUCACAAAUCACGACAAAGAGCACGAUGUCGCGUGAAAUCGCGAUAGGACACAGAAGACUGAUACCAAAACUCACAAGAAAGUGAUAACGGCGAAGAGAACGGAAAGUGAGGAAAGAUCGAAGUUCAACCCUGUUUGGCUGUUUUUAUAAAACAACCCUUCAACCUGGCGGACCAAGAGGAAGGAAGUGGCUCAGCGGCGAUGCAGGGCAAGGAGAGCCCCGUUGGGUCCAACACCCAGGAGACCCAUCAGUACGUCGGCCCGUAUCGGUUGGAAAAGACCUUGGGGAAAGGCCAGACUGGUUUAGUUAAGCUCGGCAUACAUUGUGUGUUGGGCAAGAAGGUGGCAAUCAAGAUUAUCAACCGCGAAAAGCUUUCGGAGUCUGUGUUGAUGAAAGUGGAGCGUGAGAUCGCCAUUAUGAAACUAAUCGAUCAUCCGCACGUGCUCGGGCUCUCGGAUGUAUAUGAAAACAAGAAAUAUCUAUAUCUUGUUCUGGAACACGUCUCAGGCGGGGAGCUGUUCGAUUAUUUGGUUAAAAAGAGCAGACUGACCCCGAAAGAAGCGAGGAGAUUUUUUCGACAAAUAAUUUCUGCAUUAGAUUUUUGCCACAGUCAUAGUAUAUGCCAUAGAGAUUUGAAGCCUGAGAACUUGUUGCUGGACGAGAAGAAUAAUAUUAAGAUAGCAGAUUUCGGAAUGGCGUCUUUACAACCCGCGGGCUCUAUGCUGGAGACCAGUUGCGGAUCACCUCAUUACGCCUGUCCCGAAGUCAUUAGAGGUGAAAAGUACGACGGCAGAAAAGCAGAUGUAUGGUCUUGUGGAGUAAUACUUUACGCGCUUCUAGUAGGCGCCUUACCUUUCGACGAUGACAAUCUGAGAAAAUUGUUGGAGAAAGUUAAGCGCGGAUUGUUUUACAUACCACAUUUUGUACCGCCCGAGUGUCAGAAUUUGCUCAGAGGCAUGAUUGAAGUUGAUCCCGAGAAAAGAUUAACGUUAGCAGAAAUAAAUAGGCAUAUUUGGGUAACGGCGGCGGGUAAGGGCGAGUUGGAAUUGGAAUUGUCGAUGAUGGACGUGGUGCAGACGCAUGUUAUUCCGUCCGUGGAAGCAAUCGAUCCCGACGUGCUACAAGCGAUCGCAAGUCUUGGUUGCUUCAAGGAGCGUGACAAACUCAUUCAAGAACUGCUCAGUCCAAACCACAAUACGGAGAAGGUGAUAUACUUCCUACUACUAGAGAGGAAGCGAAGAAGACCGGCGUGUGAGGACGAGCUCGAGGUAAUGAGGAGUAGCAUGAGAGGAUCCGCGGGACAAUUAGAGGCCGAUCCGCCGAGAAAACGGGUGGAUACAUGUAGAGUGAAUGGAAGUACCGCGCUCAAUCUCGGACAAAUCAGCCAUGGCUCGCCUUUGACGCCUAGAAGACAAUCGAGCACGAGACAUCACGCGCGUCGAUCACCGAGCACGGGUGGAUGCCACACUCAUGCGUCUCAUUCGCACACGUCAACGCCGGGUAACUCGCCGUUGCAUGCACCUGCAGGUCUACUGAGUCCUCAUAGAGCAGUGCCGACGUCGCACAUGGGCCAGACUAUUACCUGCGGUGCACACAGACUGUCCCUUGGUGGCAAUACCGCCAAUACUAUCGCCGGAAACGGUAGCCCAACGAGUCAAAGUGUCCCGACGCCGACGCCGGCGCUUGCCAAUGUUGGUAUUGAACUCAAUGAAGUGCAGCCAGUAGUUGCGGUCGGAGUUACACCGCCGGGGUCGCCUCACACUGGAGCGGGAUCUGGAGCUCAUCAUUGGAGAUCGCGAUUAACCACGAUCAAGAAUUCUUUCCUGGGUAGUCCCAGGUUUCAUCGUCGUAAAUUGCUCACUAGUACCGAGGAGGUACAUCUCACGCCGGAUUCUUCGCCGGAACUUACAAAAAAAUCAUGGUUCGGUAGUUUGAUGACUACGGAGAAAGAUGAAACCUUCACCGUUUUGGUCAAAGGAAAACCGCUAGCCAGUGUAAAAGCUGAUCUAAUUCACGCCUUUUUAUCGAUAGCAGAAUUAUCUCAUAGCGUGAGCUCGCCAAUGUCGUUCAGAGUGGAGUACAAAAGAGGUAGCACCGCCCCAGCCAUGUUCCAGAGGCAAGUGCGAUUUCAAGUUGACAUUAGCGCAAUCUCGAAGCAGCCGAAUGAGCCCCUCUUCGCCAUUACCUUUACAUUAUUGAGCGGAAACAUUCGAAGAUUCAGGCGAGUAUGCGAACAUAUCCAAUCUCAGGUGUGUUCAAGAAAUGUGAGUAUGAACUUGGGAGGACAAAGCAGAGCCGCGCCGCCUAGUCCGAGGGCCUCCAGAAAGUUCACCACAGAGAUGAGCGAGAGUUCCAGCUGUGGCAGCGAUACCAGUGAACGACUAUUUCUUAGUCCUCACCCAGCUACCAGACAGGUAGUCUGUUUCAAUAAGAUCGAUUCGGACAUCGAAUCGGACACGUCUGUAUUUGACGUGAAAUCGCCGACCCGCGAGAACGGUAGAAGAAGUUCGACGUCGACGAAUAAUAACAAUGCCUUGUCGGGCGAUACAACACCAACGCCAGGCAGCCCGCCAAAAGCGGUUCGAAGUAACUCGGAGAGUCAAAACACGCCUGAGAAAAAAUGCGUGACCACAAUGAGCGGCAACAACAUAGCGUGAUACUACCAGAAUCUUCGCUUCGAAUUCCGUUCAAGUCUAAAGAGCCUAUGGGACAGCGCUCAGAGAUUCUGGUGAGGUUUCCUCUGACGAACGCUUCUAACGCUUUAAAAGAACUGCAGAAAAUGCGUGAGACACAUCUAUAUGCGUAAUACAAUGCAACAAACAAAAUUGAGGUCUAACAUCGUGAAUCUUAGUCAUCGUCAGCAGUAAUAGCGAAAAUAAUAGAGAGGUAACAGUGAUGAUAAUACAUUUAUCAAAUUUGCAUUGUGUAAUUCGAAACAUCGAAACCUUUAGUGCGAGCUCCCUUCAUUCUCAAAGUUCAAAAAAAUUUAAUUUUGUUUCGAACGAUACGUGCGUAAACAUUUUCUUCAAACAAUUCAAAAUUAAACGCUAGAAGAAAUAUUAAAUGACAUUAAAUACAAUCAUUGUAGUCUGCGUUUAUAAGAUAAAUGAAUUUCGAGAGAGACAUUUCCAAAUUGCCUCCAGAUAAAAUCGCCGAAUGGCAUAUAUAUUUCAACAAAUAAGCCUACAUAAAAAAUUACACAAAGAGGAAGUUUCAUGAUUAUACACAAGAAGAGAAAUGUAAAGUAUAUUUAAAAAAUAUGUUUCGUGCGAAAUUUAAGUACAAUAAUGUAACGUUAUUGUAUUAUUUCGCCCCCCACAAUGAAUGUCACUGCAAAAUUGCAUCGCGCUGUGUUUGUGUUAAAAAAAAUGGCACUUUUACGUUUGGACGCAUUUCAUUCAUUCAUUAUAGAAAAGACAAACACUGUUGCUUAGAGAGUAUUACAUUAUUAUCCCGAUACAUUAUAAAUUAUUCGUUUUGUUAUAAUUUUUAUUUAUUUUUUUGUUCGCUUGUUGCAUAAUUUUUUAUUUGCAGCUUUAUUAUAUCAAUCUUCUCAUCGCAAUCUAUUCUCAUCACAAAUCAACCACAUUUCAACAUCCAACUACAUUGACACGAUCUGGCGCGAAAAAUGUCCCGAGAAUUUUAUUUUUUCACACACGACGGAGAAGAAAGAUAGAUACUGAGAGAGAGAGAGAGAGAGAGAGAGAGAGAGACAGAGAAAGGUUUCCGAUUUUAAAAGAUAAUAAUAAAUAUACACGCAAGUCUCACGAUCGUACGAAGCGUAGAUAUUCGUUUGCUUCUCACAAGAAGAAAAGCAAAGAACAGUGAAGUCGUUGAUGGCAUACGAAAUUCACCGCGAAGCGAUUGAGGGCUAACGCGUUGCUGAAUGUAUAACUCAUAUAGAAAAAAAAAUAUAUAUAAAAGCAGUAAAAACUGCAUUUCCCUAAGCGAUAUAAAGAAUAAGUAGUUUUAUCAUAAAGUUAUUCUCAACACAGACAUAUCUCGAGAUUGUCCCUAUUGGCUUCUUAGUAGAAAGCGAUAUAAGGUGUAUAAAUGCGCGUUUAGCAUCGUUUUUAAGCGAAGAUUUGUUAUAUAAGGCUACAUCGUGAUAUAUGUUUACGAAGAAAGGAGGAAAAACUAGAUAAAGUUACGGAGGAAAUAACGAG